CUAUUACAUCUGCCAGGGAUUCGUAGACACCACGAUUCUCUCUCCAACACCACACAUUUUGGCGAAAAUGACGAAGAUGACAAUCCCUCGAGGCAAUGAAGGCGUGGAUGACCGGUUCCAGUGGAAGUAUACCACCUCUGGAUUGUGGGAGCGGGAUAUUGACGAAGUCGAACUAUUUUACUCGUCUGUUGCCAAGCUCACCAGAGACGCAGGCGCUGGCUGCUUCCCAGUCACGGCGUGCGUGAAUAUCCAAGCCUCUGUUGUUGAUGGUGUCACCAACGAAGAGGCCAACGAUCGGAUCGAAUCUGCCAUACGAAAGGCCUGGAUUACUCUACGCUACGAGCACCCUUCGCUUGCAUCCUGGACCGACUACGACAAGGAAACCGACAAGUGGACGAGGUUCUAUUCACCCUUGCCGAGCCCCGACCGAGAUACUGUUGGCGAGCAGCAACAAAGGCUGGCGUCGACUCUCGUCACGAUUGAAUCCGACAUGACGGGCAUCGAGUGGCUCAAUGACGACCCUAUUUUAUUCCAACGAUCUACACUUUUUAUCUUGAGACCCUCGACCACCGACAUCGAAAGCAAUCGUCACCUAAAACGCACCCUCCUCUUGCGCUGUCCUCAUGAAAUCACCGACGGUAUCGGCAUCCUCCAUCUUUUGCAGCAGCUCUUGGCUUACGCUGCAAAAGCAUACGAACUGGAAGAUGCCUACAUGAUGCCCGUAUUCGGCAAUGAAGCCAGGAAUCUCUCACCUCCCCUGCGCACUGCGGCUUCUUUGCCACAGACCCCAACGGCAGAGCAGCUUCGCUACUUUGAUGCGAUCAAGAACAGGAACGCCUCACUCCAAACAAACAUGCCUCUACUUGGAUUACCGCAUAGCGCUGAGAAAGGUACAGCUGGGAAGCGACAAUACCUGCCUCUGUCACUCUCCAAUAGCCUGAGUGCGCAAGUGCUCUCAGAGUGCAAGGCUCGUGGCGUGAGCGUCACUCAUGCCUUUUCAGCUGCCCUUAUUCUUGCGUUGCGAGAUCUGCAGCCCCGAAGUGACCAAGCGAUGCCGAUGCGAUACUUCAACCAAGCACUCAUCAACUUGCGCAAUGCAUGCAGCCCGCCAUUUAAUACCGGAGCAUAUGCUGCAGCUGUAUAUCAUAUGCUCUCGGUCGAGGGUAUCUCCGUUGAUGUCGUCGUGCCUACCUCUGGUGCGGAGCAAGAGAGAGAGACGAGGAUGAAGGAGUUCGCGACAGUGACCGACCAAGUCCGAGACUUCUUCGCCUCUGCUCGGGGUUCGGAGUCUGCCUCACUUUCAGACCUUAUCGCUGUGAGUCCUUCGGUGUGGGCGUCGAUUACACCUUCGUCGAAGAGCGCUGCGAAAGAGACCUCAUCUCAGGCUGAACUAGAACCCAAUUCGCCUAAACAAGACGAUAAUGCGGCGCCGUCUUUCUCAUCAGUUUCACUUUCUUCCAUCGGGAACAUUGAUUCUGUCAUUGCCCCAAAGCACGGCGCGCUGCUAGUCUCUGACGCCUGGGUUGCCGCAGAGUCCAUCGGACCUGGUGUAGGCCUAUUCCUGGGUACGUGGGAGGGAAAGUCCACUGUUGUUGCAUCCUUCGGUUCGAACUGGCAUGAUACGCGAUAUAUGGAGAGAUUUCUUGGACGUAUUCUGGAGCAGAUGGUUGAGGGGCUGGGCCUUGAUGGAGAGAUCUCAGAGUCCUGAUUCAAUUUAUGUAUGGUUGAUUUGUUGGUCUAGAACCCGAUUUGUGAGCAUAACAACUUUAUGGGAAAAUGCGACAAUGAUCGUUAAAAAAAAUGAUAUGAAACCUGUAGCGAUGAUCUUGAGUGGGUUUUAGGCAGUGAUGGGCGCAACUAGGCCUGGUCCAUACGUCAGCUGAUUCAGGCUGCACUGAGG